AUUUAAAUAAUUAUCAUAGUAUGAACAAAUACGAUGUAUACCAUUUGCAGUGAUUUCAUCGAUAUUCAGUAACAAUAUUUAUUUAUGUCCCUAAACAGAUAAGAUUAAAACCUAUUAAUGUUAUAGAACAAGUUCAAUAUCCAUUGUGGCACUUACUUUUACAAUUUAUUAUUUAUUAUGGGACUUUGAUAAAUGAGCUGUUUAGGUUUAGAUUUAGUAGUGAAAGUGUUUUUUUACUGAAGAAUGAAAAGUUGAAACAACCUAUUUUCCAAAUAUGACUGUCUCUUAUUCCAAGGAAGUAAGCACUAGUACGGGAAUUGGAAUAUUUCUGAAAUUAUUGCUAAGAUGGAAAGGCAGUAUAUACAAAAUAGUUUGGCCAGAUCUAGUAUUAUAUUUGAUGAUAUACUACGCCCUGAACCUGCUUUAUGUGUAUGGAUUAAACGAACCAACCGGAAAAGAGAAAUUUAUACAAGUGGUGACAUAUUUCUCAAAAUACGGCAGUGCCAUACCAUUAAGUUUUGUCCUUGGAUUCUACGUAAACGUUGUCUAUAACAGAUGGUGGAGUCAGUUUAUGACUAUACCAGAUCCAGAUAGUCUAGCCAUACAAGUUGGUGCAAAUAUUCAUGGAAAUGAUGAGAAAUCCAAGAUAAUACGAAGAACCAUAAUCCGAUACAUUUGUGCCGCUUUUACAAUUACUUUGACUAUGAUAUCUCCGAAGGUGAAAAAAAGAUUUCCCACUUAUCAACAUCUGGUUGAAGCAGGAUUACUGAAUAAAGACGAAAAAUUGCUUAUGGAAGAACUAGAUAAAACUAGUCAGACGUAUCGGAAAUUCUGGUUACCAAUUGCCUGGGCUGCCAAUGUGGCUUCAAGAGCCAGAACUGAAGACAUCAUCAAAGAAGAUUUGGCUUUAAAGGAUAUUAUCGAAAAUAUAGACAAAUUUAGAGAAAAAUGUAAACAACUUAUUUAUUACGACUGGGUAUCCGUACCUUUAGUAUACACCCAGGUUGUAACUUUAGCUGUAUAUCUUUACUUCCUCUUUACCGUCAUUGGGACACAACUUAUCGAAGAGGAAAAAGAAGGAGAUCUGUUGUUUUUCAAAUUUCCUUUUAUGAGUUGUGUGGAAUUCUUCUUCUAUAUGGGCUGGCUCAAAGUAGCCGAAAGCUUGAUCAACCCCUUUGGAGAUGACGAUGAUGAUUUUGAUGUAAACUGGAUGAUUGACAGACACUUACAAGUGGGAUAUCUUAUAGUGGAUAAAAUUCACAGACAACAUCCAAAAUUGUCGAAAGAUCAUCACUGGGACCAGCCAACUGCUACACAAAUGCCGUAUACGUUAGCAACAAAAAAAUACAUGUUUGACGAACCAGUUGAAUCAACUUAUGGCAUAACUGUCAAGAAAAGUGAACAAGAUAUGGUUCAAAGAGACGACUCUGUUAUAAAUGGUCCAAGAAAAAGAGGUGGAAUACCAUACUUGAGACAAUUUUUUUCUAGAAGAAAUUCAGAUCCAGGAAUAAAGUUAAAAAGAAUUUCAGUACAAGACAAAUUAACUGAAAAUACUGAUAAUGAGUGGGAUGAGCGUAAUUUUUAUGAAGAUGAAUCAAAAGUUGCUGUAUUACCACAAAGAUACAAAGAAGGUUCUUAACUGUUUGAAAAUGCUCAAAGAUGGUAUAAAAGAGGAUAGAGAGGAUUUAGAUCUAGUGUUACAGUCUCAUGAUAAUAUAUAAAUAUCAUAUCACUGGGGAGAACCUUAAUAUGUAGUUUGAAGUUAUUAUUUAUUGAAAUGUUCUGUCUUCAAAUAAUAAAAUGUUCCUAAUAAAAGAAAAUGUCAAUACAACUG